AUGGGUAAACCCAGUAUUACCCCCAGAUCAGACCGAAGACGACCCGUCAGCUGCCACUUCUGCCGUUCGAGAAAACUGCGCUGUGACCGCAAGUCGCCGUGUACAAACUGUCAAACCCGAGACGUACAAUGCACCUUGUAUCCUACAAGCUCCGUGGAACUUCCGGGCAGUCGGCCUACUGCACAGGCACUCGUACCGAAUGGAUCUAAUGCAGAGCUUACGGCUCGUCUUCUACGGCUUGAAGAGAUUGUGCUGAAGCACAGUGAUCCUGUCAUCACUGCUCGUGCUCCACCCGCACAUCGACCAUGGCAGAAUUCAGCACUAACGACGUUUAUUCCGCCGGCUACUGAGGGUCUUCCGUCUAGAAUUGAGGCGGAUAUUCUCAAGAAGGUUUCGUUCAAUGAAAAUUGGCAUCGAUAUCUCCCAUCAACGUCUGCUUUAGAAUAUGUUCCAUCAAGCACAUUCCACAAUCGCCGACUUAUCUCUGGCCUAGCUCAGGGCGAUCAGCCUCGUUUCAAGAGCCGGUUAGAUGUGUAUGGCUGCCCUUGCGCGAAGAAGCCAGGAAACUAUUCAACAAAUACGUGCGAGACGUAA